AUGUCUUCAUCGAUUAUUUCUACAUUGAAUUUCAUCUCACAGCAAAUCAGCAUAUACAUCGGUUUAACCAUUCUCAUUCUUGGUGUCGUUGGCGGAUGUCUCAACGUCCUUGUUUUCGUGAGUCUUCGAACAUUUCGACAAAGUUCAUGUGCAUGUCAUCUCAUUAUUAUGUCGAUCUUCAACAUUGGUCAACUAGUUGUUGGUCUUUCAGCUCGAGCUUUGGAAACUAAUGACGAUAUCAAUGCGAUAUUAACCUCAUUUUCCUACUGCCAGUAUCGACAAUUCACAUUUCAAGCGUGUGUAUCAAUCUCCUUAGCCAGUAUUUGUUUUGCCACGAUUGAUCAAUACUGGGCAACAUGUUCUCGUCCGAAAUGGCGACAGUGGUGCAAUAUUAAAUUAGCACUUCGUCUCAAUCUAAUCUCGAUUAUCAUUUCGCUCUUACAUUGUAUUCCAUAUUUAUUCUUCUCUAACCGAGCUUUUCUUCCCACCACUAAUCGAAUAUCAUGUAUUGUAACCAACAAAACCUAUCAACAAUAUCGAGAUUAUGUUUUAAUACCUUUUAUCAACCGGCUUAUUCCCUUGACAAUAAUCUUCACAUUUGGUUUACUCGCUUAUCGUAAUGUUCAACAAAUCGCAUAUCGAACAGUUCCGAUUGUUCGACGCGAGUUGGAUAAGCAGUUAACAACAAUGGUUUUAGUGCAAGCCGCGUUCAUUUGCUUGACAAUUACACCCUAUUUAAUUCUUAAUUCAAUUACGUCAUAUACAAACCUUGCUCAAAAUGCAACGACUGCGGCUAUACUGAGUUUAAUGAAUAUAAUAAUCUUAUGUUUUUAUUAUCUUAGUUCUGCCGGUCCAUUUUACAUUUACCUGAGUGUAUCGGAACGAUUUCGUCGACAAUUUCUAUACGUAAUCGGUCAAAUUCAUGCGAACAAGUGUACUAAACCAAGAAUAGCUAGAAAUCAAGUGAUGCCCGAUGACUUUUAG